AUGUCGAGCUACUUCAUCAACGGUCUCGCCGCCAUAAUGGAAUCCGACAUGGCUCCCACCCUCCUCUGCGUUCUUCUGGUCCUCGACUUGCGCUACACAUUCUUCGUGCCUCUGGCCAUCCUCGAGAUCUUCUCUACACUCGUCUUCCUCUGUCUCCAAAGCAACGGCUGGGGCUGGAAAUAUCCACAAGCCGUGCAAGACUUCGAGCUCCUUCGCGCCAACACCCUGAUUCCCAAGGCUUUCUUUCCUCCUGCUUCAGCCUCUACUGCCCGAUCCUCAAACUUGACACUACACCAGACCGCCUUCAACGUAUCAAAGAUUACUAUCACCAACCACCGCGAUCUCUGGGCUACCUUCAGUUCUUCUGAUCCGAGCGCCACCUCUCCUCGUUCCCUGCGCAACUUGCUGGACGCUUGUGAACAGCUCGAAUAUGAUAUGGACUGCAUCGCCGAAGCUUUGACGUAG